AAUCCCCACAAGGCUGUCAGUUUAAGCAGGGUAUCACUCGCUAGCUGGCCACCGUAAUCUCAUUACCGCCUUUAUCCGUUUGUAGAUUUGUGUUGGGGUUAAUUCCUGUGGGCAGCGUUCAAUUGGCUUUCUUUUCUAGCUAACGUUAACUGUUACAUCCUCAAUAGCUGACGUGAAUCAACGCUUGCUCAAUGAUACGAGCCACAGCAGCAGCGUGGCGGCUUUUGUCAUCAUUUCUUGUGCCAUCCCGCCUCAUCUGCCAUUGUCAGUUAACCGCUAUAACGUUUUUAUAACGGGGCUGGUUCGCCUCCCGGUUUAUCCUGUUUUAAAGAUAAGCUACUACUGAUAAAUUGUGUUGAGCGUUUCAUUUUAAUUGAACCUUUUUAUGGUUUUAAAGCGUUUUGUUUUUCAAUACGAUGGAAGUCAUAAAACGAACCCUACCCACGAGUGAACUCCGGCAUUUCAUGCAAUAUAAUCGUAAUUUUUAUGGGUAACAUUACAUCAGCGGUAUCCAAAAUGGCUAUUUUAUGUUGCCAUGGAAAUGAUUCAUUUAUAUCAGUGGUUUUCAAAGUAAAGUCCGGGGACCCACAGGGGACCUUCCAGGGGGUCCCCAGCAAAAAGGGGAAUAAUUUAUUUUCACUAUAAAUCCAUCUAUAAGUAACAUAAUGACAGAAAGGUGCGACUAUUUUUGUCAUGGGUUACAUACACUUCAUGUAAUGAAACAUCUACAAGCAAAAAUCUCAUCAGAUGGGGCACUGUGGUGUAAUUUGUGUCAGUUUAUGACUCCUUGAUGUGAAAAAAUGUGAGAACCACUGAUUUACGUUAUUAAUAUUUCAUAUAUGUAAUAUUUGGAGCCUGUAAGUCUGAAACAUCAUGUUGAGUCUAUCACGCCAGCACAUGUCUACCAAGAGGCAAAUGUAGCAGAAUAUUUGAAUUGCCCCAGGCAUGUCGAUGUUUUGCAAAUGAAAUCAUUUUGGUGUUCUGUCAAGUCUAUAGAUAGAAUAGUACUCUGGAGUACAGCCAGGGAUUUUUUUCUUCUAAGAUACAGACAUGUGUGACAUGGAUUAGAGCUAUGAUUGACUGAAAGGUGAGUAACACCAUUUCUAAAGUGAAGUGAAACUAAGCCUUCUGAAUAGGGCAUGUCACUUUCAUCACUACAGUUACGGAAAUGUUAUUCAUCAUAGAUUAGAUAAGGUAGUUGAGUAGAUACAUAGUCAAUGAGAAAGAGUUGAAUUUUCUAUCCGAUGUUGUUGAAGUCAUAUCUUUCAGUAUUGGUUCUGACACUGGGUGUGUAUUUAUAUUGAUGUUGGAAAUUCAGGUAAAAGUUCAACAUGUAGUUUGGUCAGUUCAGUCUGAACUCCUCCAUGCAAUCAAUCAAGUUUAUUCGUCACACGCAAUUAUUACGUAAUCCAGUUCCCUCAAUUUGUGCGUUAAAAAGAGUUUAAAUAGAUAUGUGUGUGAUGGGGGGAGGGAGGUGGGGGUCAUUGACCUCAUUUAGGAUGCUAGAAGCUCUUUCUCUCUCAGUGCUGGCCCAGUACCUCCUUCCCACCAGGAGAAAAGGCUGUUAUCUGGGUGGUCGGGACCCUUUAUGAUUCUCUUAUUCCCUUAUUCUUCGAGGGUGAGGUUAUUAGUGAGCUGAGCUUGCCCUAGAGUGGCCUUUCGCUGACCACUGAGUGGGGUGAGCCUCAAGAGUACUGUCAUUGGUUGUCAUCCUCUUCAGUUAACUCAAAGGCUGUGGUCAUUGGACAGUAGCCAAUCCGGUCAGAGGGGACAUGUCUCAACUCUGUUUCAUCCCUCCAUGACCUCACAGAAAACCUGCCUUUUAUUUACUGAAAGACAGGUGUUUGAACAUUACACGGGAGUUAAUUUGCAUCGUUGAACACGCCCUCCCAGGAAGUGUGAUAUAUAAAUCGAGCAUUGAAAGCUGACAGACUAUCAGAGGCUGUUUUGGUACAGCGCAAGAAGGAGGCGAGUCUCUGACACUGUGUAACAUUUUGGUGACCGUGGACCAGAUAUUCUCUCACUACAGUUGUGAGGUUCUUAAAAUCAUCUACUCCGGGGACUUUUUUCUCUCCGAGGUUUUCCAUCCGACACAAUUUUCCUUACGCACUUCUGACAUCUUUGAGACCAGCAUACCAUCCAGUUGUAGUCUGCUCAGUUCCCUUCCCCAUAUACUCCUCCUAAGAACAGUAUGGGUGCCCAGUCAGACUCUUUCCUCCAAUCUAUCCUCCUCUUUCCAAUCCACCUUCUGGUGUGGGUGUACUCUGUCCUCUCCUUCCUGCCCUGGUACUACAUCACUGGUGCGGGGAAGAGGAAACUUCUCUCCAACCGGAUCAAGGCCCGCUCCACAUCAGGCCAUGCAGAGGGACCAUACCGCUCUGUGGACCACUUCGAUUCCCUGGCCAGGGAGGACUUCCCAGGCAAGGACACACUCGAUAAGCUGUUUGCACAUGCUGUGCAACGCUUUGGCCAAGCGCACUGUCUCGGCACCCGAGAUGUACUGAGUGAAGAGAAUGAAAUACAACCCAGCGGUAAAGUAUUUAAAAAGCUGAUCCUUGGGGAGUAUAGAUGGCUGUCCUAUAAUGAACUGGACUCUAUAGUCAGUCAGUUUGGCAAUGGAUUGGCAGCUCUUGGGCAGCAGCCCAAAAACACCAUUGCAAUCUUCUGUGAGACCAGAGCAGAGUGGAUGAUCACUGCCCAGACCUGCUUCAGGCACAAUUUCCCAUUGGUGACAUUCUAUGCCACACUGGGAGAGGAUGCGAUUGCGUUUGGACUGAACGAGACUGGAGUUACACACCUGGUGACCAGUGUGGAACUGCUUGAGACUAAACUGAAAAAUGUGCUUCCACUGAUCCCAAAACUGAAGCAUGUGAUCUACGUGGACCAGAAGAAAGUGACCACAGAAGGCUACCCAGCAGGACUCUCUAUCCACAGCAUGCAAGCUGUACGAGAGCUGGGCGCGCUGCCUGAAAACACGGGAAGGGAAAUCGUGAAGCCCCAGCCCUCCGACCUGGCUGUGGUGAUGUAUACUAGUGGCUCCACAGGCAGACCCAAAGGAGUCAUGAUUGUCCACAGUAACCUGAUUGCAGGAAUGACAGGCCAGUGUGAACGCAUCCCUGGACUGGGGCCUAAAGAUACCUACAUAGCCUAUCUGCCUCUGGCUCAUGUUCUGGAAAUGACAGCAGAAAUCUCCUGUGUCACAUAUGGCUGUCGGAUCGGCUACUCUUCCCCCCAGACGCUAUCAGACCAGUCAACAAAGAUAAAGAAAGGGAGUAAAGGAGACUGCUCUGUGCUCAGACCCACCCUGAUGGCAGCUGUACCAGAAAUUAUGGAUCGUAUAAACAGGAACGUGAUGAGCAAAGUGCAGGAAAUGAGUUUCAUUCAGAAGACGCUGUUUACACUGGGCUACAAAUAUAAACUAGAGCAGAUCAAGAGAGGCUAUGAUGCACCGCUCUGCAAUGCCCUUUUGUUCCGGAAAGUGAAGAAACUGCUGGGAGGAAGGGUGAGGAUGAUGUUGUCAGGAGGAGCCCCACUGUCCUCAGCCACUCAGAGAUUUAUGAAUGUAUGUUUCUGUUGUCCCGUGGGCCAAGGCUACGGCCUCACUGAAACCUGUGGAGCAGGCACCAUCACAGAGGUUGUGGACAUCAGCACUGGUCGUGUUGGAGCUCCUCUUAUUUGUUGUGAAGUCAGACUCAGGGACUGGGCUGAAGGUGGUUAUACCAGCAGGGACAAGCCAAACCCAAGAGGGGAGAUCCUGAUUGGUGGCCCCAAUGUAACCAUGGGUUACUACAGGAAUGAAAGCAACAACCAGGACUUUUUUGUGGAUGAAAAAGGACAAAGAUGGUUCUGUACUGGAGAUGUAGGAGAGAUUUACCCGGAUGGUUGUCUUCAAAUAGUGGAUCGCAAGAAAGACUUGGUCAAACUGCAGGCUGGGGAGUACGUGUCUCUGGGUAAAGUGGAGUCUGCUCUGAAAAACUGCUCACUCAUUGACAACAUCUGUGCCUACGCAAACAGUGAACAGAACUACGUGAUCAGCUUUGUGGUUCCCAACCAGAAAAACCUGACAGGACUGGCCAAGCAGAGAGGCAUAGUAGGAACAUGGGAGGAGAUCUGCACUCACCCGGAUAUGGAGAGAGAGGUUCUGAAGGAGAUCAAGGAGGUUGCUGCUAACAUUAAACUGCAGCGGUUUGAGAUUCCAGUGAUGGUUCAUCUGAGUCCAGAGCCAUGGACCCCUGAGACAGGUCUCGUCACAGAUGCUUUUAAACUGAAGAGGAAAGAGCUGAAGAACCACUAUCUCCACCACAUAGAGAGAAUGUAUGGAGGCAAAUGACUGUGACAAAUUAAACCCAAGAGUCUCUAUUACAACCAUAAUCACUGUUUUGAUAUGUAAAUAAUCUCCCCCAUUACCCAUUUGGGUUUUUAUGCUGUUUGAGUACAAUACAAAAGAAAAUGGCUCGAACAGAAAAGCUGAAGCUGUAGAUAGUUGUAGCUGUUGAUCCAUCUGUGCUGCUUUAUAUUCUUGUGUGUAGAACAGUAGAGAAGUUUCGAUUGUGUCAAAGAGAUGCACUGAAGGUGACAGCUCUUAUUCUGCGAGAAGGGUCCGAAACCAUUACAGCACUCGACUGCCAUCCACUUAAAAGUCUGUUUGCACUCCGUUUGUUGCUGAUAAAAAGUAUGACUGUCCUCCAUUUGUUGCUGAUGCUUUGUUGUUACUUCCAUUGAAAUAUUAACAACUGUAAUCAUCAUGGAGGCUUGUAAUGCUCUUUUGUAAAGUUGAAGUAUGUUAUUGUGCCUUCGGUCUGCAGCGCUAGUGUAGUCAAGCAGAAGUAGGUGGCAUCUAGUUAAAAAUAGUUUACACAUUUGUUUUAAAAAAUAAUGUUUUAAAAAAAAAAAAUAGUUUAAAUGCCAUGUAAAGUUUACUUGGGGCUUUAGGAAAAUACUCCCAACCAGAGAUACAGACAUGAAACAUAGAGGUUAUAAUUUGCAAAAAAAAAAAAAAACGUUACUUGUGAUCAUGUCUGCUAUCUAUCUAAUUUAUUCUGGCCAAUGUUGUUUUAUUUAUGCUUUUUUUGUGUCAAUUUAUUCCGAAAGCAAGACCAAAAUGUGUAAACAUAAACGACUCAGGAAGAUAAACAAAUGUUUUAAUAUAUGAAAUUGUCAAAUAGUGGAUCGCUCGUACGGAGAGCUCUUCUGUCAGAAUUCUUGUGGGCGCCUUAUUUAUUCAAGAGCAAGCAUGCUUAACUACUAGCUACUAAAAAGCUUUUAAGCAGGAGCUACAGUCAGAACUGGCAUACUGUAAUACCAAGCAUAUUUUACCUCAGUUAACAGUUUAAUGCACAAUUUGGUAUUAAAAGGAUAUCUGAAGCUAAUUCUGUUCAUUUUAAUAUUAUAGCAGUGUUUUUUAUGCAUUUUUCAAAGUGUUGUCAGUGCGUCCUUAAACAUUUAAGGACAGACACUGACAGUUGCUUUACAGUCGGUUGUUCUGUGAUCCCAUUUGUAUUUAUUAUUCCAUCGUUAUGAUCACAAGCCUUGUUCAACAUUUCUUGAGAAUAAACAUCUUAUUCAGUGUUGUA